AUGGCCCCUUUCAAUCAACAAAAAUUACUAUAUAUAUUAUAUUUUUUCAGUUUUUCAACACUCGUUUUCACACUUGUUUUACUCCUUUUGCCUUCAAAUUUGCCAUCAAGGCCAAUUUUAGAAUGUUUUGGUUUAACAACACUAAUCCAUAUAGCAAUAGCUUUAUUUGCUUGGAUAACUUGUAUUGAAAUAAAAGUGGCAAAAAAUGAAUUAAAAAAUAAAUAUGACGAUGACGUUAGUGAAGAAAAUAGAAAUUUUAGUGAUAAUAGUACUAUCCCCUAUUCUCUUUGA